AUGAAACUAUACUCUAUCGCCAUACUUGCUGCCUGGGCUCUGUCCACUUCCGCAGCUUCGGCUCGCGAAGACAUCAACAGCACUUACACCAACCCGAUCCUGCCUGGCUUUCAUCCAGAUCCUACUUGCAUCUUUGUGGAAUCUUGGAACCAAACCUUCUUUUACGUCACCUCGACUUUUCUAGCGUUUCCUGGACUGCCAAUCUAUGCGAGCCAGGAUCUGCAGACAUGGACGUUGAUAAGUAGUGUCUUGAACCGGCCCUCGCAGCUGCCCGAGUUCACCACCGAGGUUUCAGAAACAGGCGGGAUAUGGGCGCCAACCAUUCGCUAUCACAAUGGCACCUUUUACGUGAGCACUACGGUUGUUGACGACACCAAGAACAUUUCGGAUGCAUCACGGUGGAACAAUGUCCUCUUCACAGCACGCAACCCGUACGACUCAAGUUCGUGGUCUGACGUGACUCGGUUUGAUUUUAACGGAUAUGAUACAAGUCUGUUCUGGGAUGAUGACGGACAGUUCUAUAUGCUUGGUGCGGGAGAUAUGAAUUCUCGUCCUGGAAUGUUUCUGGCACCGCUGGACGUUGAGACAGGCGAGAUUGGCCUGCAGAUCAAUGUAUGGAAUGGCACAGGGAGCCCGUCUCUCGAGGGGCCGCGCAUGCUCAAGAAGGAUGCCUUCUACUACUUGGUGGCUGCCGAAGGAGGGACUUUCCUCGACCACAUGGCCAUCAUCGCUCGAUCCGAAGCAAUCACGGGCCCCUACGAGUCCUUUCCGGGGAACCCGGUCCUUACUAACGCAAACACGACUGAAUACAUCCAGGCCGUAGGACACGCAGACCUGUUCCCAGACGCCAACGGAAAUUGGUGGGGAGUGGCGCUUGCCAUGAGAGCCGACUUGGUCAAUCUCGCCGUGCCGAUGGGCAGGGAGACUGUCCUAUAUCCCGUCUCGUGGUCAGCUGAAGGUUGGCCAGUGGCCACUCAAGUCCGAGGCGUCAUGUCAGGAUGGCCACUACAGGCGGCUAAUUUGACUGGUGAGUUUGGAUUCGUGCCGCCCAACGGACCCACGCUGCUUGCUCGGCGACAAACAGAAACCUUAUUCAGCUUCUCAGCCGUGGUAGACUUCCAACCGCAGCAGAUCGAUGAGGAAGCUGGCGUCACAUUGUAUAUCUCUCAAGAUGACCAUGUCGAAUUGGGUGUUGUCCUUUUGCCUGGCAGCAGCGUAAACAAUGGAACCGGCUCACCGCUUGCGUCAUUCUUUCGGUUCCGCGGCGAGAGCGAGACUGCCGAGAUCGAGGAGACCCUGUUUCCUUUUCCCGACGGAUGGAAUUAA